UUAAGACGUCAGGAUUGGACGCAGCAGGGGAUCCCCAGCACACCGUUACCGACUCGCGCGCAUCAUCAUCCCUUACCGGGAGGAGGAGAGCUCGCGCCGGCUCCCAGUUGAGUGAGAGCCCAGAACACAGGACGCUGUUGUUUCUCACUUUGAGCGCAGCUCGCGCGCUAACUCUCCUCCUCUGCUUCCUGAGUCUUUGCUCUUUGUGCAGUCAAAGCCUGCUUUAAGUGUAGCAGGCGCUCGGCGGCCGGUUUAUUUUAAGAGUAGGGAGCAGAGGAAAUAAAAAAAGGAGGGUUCACCUUCUUGCUCCCGAGAAGAGACAACAUGGAAGAGAUGUCUACUGUUUGUUAGUUUAAUUGGCACUUGGACAGAAGAGCCGACCGGUUCGGCUGUCUUCCUAAGCGGCGCUCUGUUCAUCUUCACGUGCGUCCUCAUACCUGCGCGCGCUUCGCUGCCUUGGACCUCGCUUUGUGAAACAAUGAUAAACUACAGUUAAAAACGGCAAUGGAAGAGAGGAACGUGCUCCAUUUUUUCUUCUGUUUUCUCUUUUUUUGCCCUAGCUGAGAGCAAUGUCCAGAAGCGCCGUGAAAGAAGCGGAAAAGGCGGCGCAGCGCGGAGAUUUCCUCCGUCUUAAUUUUGGUUUUCUGUUGUUUUUUCUUUGUUGAAUUUGGUUGAACGGCGAAGAGAACCGUCGGCAGGCUGAGCUGGAGAGACUUUGUCCGGGUUUAAAAGUGGAAAAAGAAGCGCGGCUGUUGGUCGGAGGACUCCCGCAACAACCGGCAGAUUUGAAAAGAAGAUAAUGAUGAAAUCUGGAAAGGCACCGGUGCCAUUCAGCUGCUAGACCACUCAACAAGUUGUUGUAUUACAGCAUGCCUAUAUGUUUGCCAGCGGAACGAGCAGAAUCAUUAUGGAAGUGAAAGAGCGACGUCCAUACUGCUCACUAACCAAGAGCCGGAAAGACAAGGAGGGACAGUACACUGGGUCUUCAGGGGACAGUGAAGACUGUGCAAUCAGCUCGCAGGGACUCCGGGUCCCCACUCAGAAGUCAUACUCGUCUAGUGAAACGCUUCGAGCCUUCGACCAACAUCAAGACCAAACCAGGUUGCUGUACGGUACCACCAAGGGGCGCAAGGAAAUGGUUCAUCGAGAACAGGAUAAUUAUAGUAGACAUGGCCAACACUUCAGUCUGCGUCAGCUGGGGAUUUGUGAGCCCCCUCCACGCCGUGGCCUCCCGUUCUGCCCUGACAUCGGCCUCCCCCAUCAUGGUUUUUCAGUUGGCACGGCACAGGAGGUGGACUCAGAGAGUCAAACUGUGAUGUCCCCGGAGCGUGCCAUGCGACUGUGGGGCCGUGGAGGUCUGGGAAAAUCGUCUGGGAGGAGUUCCUGCUUGUCCAGCCGCUCCAACUCGGUGCUGACUCUUACUGACACGGAACAUGAGAACAAGUCAGACAGCGACAAUGGUUCUCCCAUGCCCUCUCCCUCCUGCCCAUCACCUGUCAUUGACCAAUCACAUCCACAGUCAAAUCCACAUGACAACCCGCUGUUAGCCGAUGCUAUUGAGCCAGACUCUGACGAGGAAGAGGAAGAGGAGGAGGAAGAAGAGGAGUAUGCCGCUCGGUUGUACAUACCUGUAACACAUGAACAACCAUCAAACCACCAUGGCCCGUCCUUGCCUCCCGUGCCGCCCCCCCACCGCCAACAGCCCUCAGUGACGGCUCUAAACCAAGCCUUGGGAUCAACGCACCACGCUGGCCAGAACCUGAAUUCGUCGCGGCAACUAACCCCUCCUUCUGGAAGUCCGGCCCCCGUGGCCGGCCAAUCACCAGCCGAGCUGCAGACCACGCCCCCUGAGAGCGUCCCGCUGCAGGACAGCUGGGUGCUGGGUAGCAAUGUGCCUCUGGAAACAAGGCACUUCCUCUUUAAAACAGGUACAGGCACCACCCCUCUCUUCUCCACGGCCACUCCUGGCUACACCAUGGCUACAGGCUCAGUCUACUCCCCUCCCACCAGGCCGUUGCCAAGGAAUACCCUGUCCCGUUCUGCCUUUAAGUUCAAGAAGUCCUCCAAGUACUGCUCAUGGAGGUGUACAGCCCUCAGUGCAGUUGGUCUGUCGGUACUUCUCUCUGUCCUGCUCUGCUACUGCAUAGCUAUGCACCUGUUCGGCUUGAACUGGCAACUUCAGGAGAGUGAGAGUUAUGGAGCAUUUGAAAAUGGAGGAGGAGGAGGAAGAGAUACAACUCCCAACACCUUUGUACUGUCUACAGACAAUGGCAAGAUGUUUCUUCUAGAGAACAACACCAUAGACACAGGAGAGUCAGACGUGGGGAAACGAGUCAUCCAAGAUGUUCCACCAGGUGUGUUUUGGAGGUCCCAGUUGUAUAUUGACCAACCGCAGUUCUUGAAAUUCAACAUAUCAGUCCAGAAAGAUGCACUGGUUGGGGUGUAUGGACGGAAAGGCCUCCCACCCUCACACACACAGUAUGAUUUUGUGGAGCUGCUGGACGGUAGUCGCCUCAUUUCCAAAGACAAACGGGCGCUCAGUGACUCAGACUCCAUGUAUGCGCACCUCGCUGGUUUCUAUGACGAGGAGCCUGGCGGAGGAGCUCGGUACACACGCUCUGUAAACAUGCUAGAGGCUGGCUUCAUCCAGUACCUGGACACAGGGAUCUGGCAUCUGGCGUUUUACAAUGAUGGACGGAACACAGAGCAAGUCUCCUACAACACAAUCAUCAUAGAGUCAAUUAUGGAGUGUCCUCAGAAUUGUCACGGAAACGGUGAUUGUCUCUCAGGAAAAUGCCACUGUUUCCCAGGAUUUCUGGGGCCUGACUGCUCUCGAGCUGCCUGCCCGGUGCUGUGCAGCGGGAAUGGCCACUACUCCCGCGGCCGUUGCCAGUGCUACAGUGGGUGGAAAGGCACCGAGUGUGACGUGCCGUCCAACCAAUGCAUUGACAUCAACUGUGGAGGACAUGGCAUCUGCUCGAUGGGAACCUGUAUCUGCAACACUGGCUAUAAGGGCGAUAAUUGCGAUGAAGUGGACUGCAUAGACCCCAGUUGUUCGGCCCACGGGGUGUGUAUUCACGGGGAGUGUCACUGUCAGCCAGGAUGGGGUGGAGCCAGCUGUGAGAUUACCAAGGCCUUGUGUCCGGACCAGUGCUCAGGCCAUGGCACCUACAAUGCAGAGACCACUACGUGUGCCUGUGACCAAAACUGGACGGGGCCAGACUGUUCUUUAGAGGUGUGUGAAGUAGACUGUGGCAACCAUGGAAUAUGCUACGGCGGUGCGUGUCGCUGCAAGGAGGGCUGGACGGGAACUGUAUGUGAUCAAAAGGCCUGCCAUCCACUGUGCAGCAAAAACGGAGUGUGCAAAGAUGGAAAGUGUGAGUGUGACCAAGGCUGGACAGGGGAGCACUGCAACAUUGCUCACAAUCCGGACAUUAGAGUAAAAGGAUAUAAAGAGGGCUGCCCAGGUCUCUGCAACAACAACGGACGAUGCACUCUUGAAGCCAGCGGAUGGCACUGCAUUUGCCAGCCUGGAUGGAGAGGGGCAGGGUGUCACGUUGCCAUGGAAACCCUUUGCACCGACGGCAAGGACAACGAAGGAGAUGGCUUGGCUGACUGUAUGGAUCCAGACUGCUGUCUUCAACCCUCUUGUCAAAACCAGUUCUACUGCAAAGGCUCUCCAGAUCCUGCUGAGGUGCUCAGCCAGUCUCCAUCCUCGCUGGCUCCCCAGCAGGCUGCCAGGUCUUUCUAUCAGCGCAUUCAUUUCCUAGUUGGAUCAGAAUCUACUCACGUCAUUACUGGAGAGUCUCCAUUCAACAAAAGUUUGGUGUCAAUAAUCCGAGGCCAGGUGCUAACUUCGGAUGGAACCCCUCUGAUUGGAGUCAAUGUGACAUUUGUCCACUACUCUGAUCAUGGAUACACUAUAACACGCAAGGAUGGCAUGUUCGACCUCCUGGCCAACGGAGGGGCAUCACUGACCCUGAGUUUUGAGCGAGCUCCAUUUAUCACUCAGUACAGAACUGUGUGGCUGCCAUGGAACGUCUUCUAUGUGAUGGACACACUGGUGAUGAAGAAGGAGGAGAACGAUAUCCCAAGCUGUGACCUGAGUGGCUUCAUCAGACCCAGUCCGGUCAUUGUUGCCUCACCUCUCUCUACAUUUUUCAGAGGAUCACAUGACGAUGGGCCCAUCAUACCGGAAACUCAGGUUCUCCAAGAAGAAACUUCAAUACCAGGCAGUGAUCUAAACCUUGUCUACCUUAGCUCCAGAGCUGCAGGAUAUAAACCAGUCCUCAAAGUUUCCAUGACACAGUCAUCAAUUCCUUUUAAUCUGAUGAAGGUUCACCUGAUGGUGGCAGUAGUGGGUCGUCUCUUCCAGAAAUGGUUCCCUGCCCAACCUAAUCUAUCCUACACGUUUAUCUGGGACAAGACAGAUGCCUAUGGCCAGCGUGUCUUUGGACUCUCAGAAGCAGUUGUGUCUGUGGGCUUUGAGUAUGAGUCCUGCCUGGACCUCAUCCUGUGGGAGAAGAGAACAGCCAUUUUGCAGGGCUAUGAGAUGGAUGCUUCCAACAUGGGAGGGUGGAUGCUCGACAAACAUCACAUUCUGGACGUGCAAAAUGGCAUACUGUAUAAGGGCAAUGGUGAGAAUGUCUUCAUCUCCCAGCAGCCUCCUGUCAUCAGCAGCAUCAUGGGAAAUGGUCGUAGACGCAGCAUCUCCUGCCCCAGCUGUAAUGGACAGGCAGAGGGCAACAAGCUGCUGGCGCCUCUUGCCCUUGCUUGUGGAGCCGAUGGCAGCAUUUUUGUUGGGGACUUCAACUACAUCAGGAGGAUCUUCCCCUCUGGGAAUGUUAGCAGUGUCAUGGAGCUGAGAAACAAAGAUUUCAGGCAUAGUAACAAUCCUGCUCACCGCUACUACUUGGCCACUGACCCAGUAACUGGACAGCUGUAUGUGUCCGAUACCAACUCCAGGAGAAUUUACCGCCCCAAGAUGCUCAGCGGCGCCCGUGACCUCAACAGUAAGCGUAAUGGGAAAGUAGUGGCUGGCACAGGUGAGCAGUGUCCUCCUUUUGAUGAGGCUCGAUGUGGCGAUGGGAGGAAAGCUACAGAGGCACAGCUACUGGGACCAAAAGGGAUUGCAGUCGAUAAGAACGGCCUGAUCUACUUUGUGGACGGGACAAUGAUCAGAAAGGUGGAUCGUAAUGGAAUCAUUUCCACAGUGCUGGGCAGCAAUGACCUGACCUCUGCACGACCUUUGACCUGUGAUACCAGCAUGCACAUUAGACAGGUUCGAUUAGAAUGGCCCACAGAUCUAGCAAUCAACCCUAUGGAUAACUCCAUCUAUGUCUUGGACAACAAUGUUGUGCUGCAGAUCACUGAGAACAGACAGGUUCGCAUAGUGGCAGGUCGUCCUAUGCACUGCCAGGUGCCUGGUAUUGAAUACACCACGGGGAAGAGAGCGGUACAGACCAUGCUGGAAGGAGCUACAGCCAUUGCGCUGUCAUACAAUGGCAUCCUCUACAUCGCAGAGACAGAUGAGAAGAAGAUGCACCGAAUUCGACAAGUGUCCACUGAUGGAGAAAUUACCCAUCUUGCUGGUGCUCUGUCUGAAUGUGACUGCAAGAACGAUGCCAACUGUGACUGCUACCAGACAGGUGAUGGUUAUGCUAAAGACGCCAGGCUUAGCUGUCCUUCCUCUCUGGUGGUAUCACCGGACGGGACUCUGUACGUGGCUGAUCUGGGAAAUAUUCGGAUCCGGGCAAUAAGACGCAACCAGCCACGCACGGGCUCUUUGGCUUCAGGUCCCAGCUCCUAUGAAGUGGCUUCUCCAGCUUCACAAGAACUUUACGUCUUUGAUUCAAAUGGGACUCACCAGUUCACCAUGUCUCUGAUCACUGGAGACUUUAAAUACAACUUCAGCUACAGCAAUGAGGAGGAUGUUACUGCGGUGACAGACAGCAGUGGGAACACGCUCCGUAUCCGUAGAGACACCAACAGGAUGCCUGUACGUGUGGUGGCUCCUGAUAAUCAGGUUAUCUGGCUGACGAUCGGGACUAAUGGUGGUCUAAAGUCUCUCACAGCUCAGGGUCAGGAGCUGGUUUUAUUUACUUACCAUGGCAACAGUGGCUUGCUGGCUACCAAGAGCAUCCAGAUUGGCUGGACUACAUUCUAUGACUAUGACAGCGAGGGUCGUCUGACUAAUGUGACCUUCCCCACUGGCGUGGUCACCAAUCUCCACGGCGACAUGUCUUCAGGAGCCAUUGCAGUGGACAUAGAGACAUCGGGGAGGGACGAGGAUGUUUCCAUAACAACAAACUUGUCAUCAAUAGACUCCUUUUACACUUUGGUGCAGGACCAGCUUCGUAACAGCUACCAAGUGGGCAAUGACCAUUCGCUCAGGGUCAUCUAUGCUAAUGGGAUGGACACACACUAUCAGACAGAGCCACAUAUACUGGCAGGAGCUGCUAACCCUACGAUUGCCCGGCGUAACAUGACCCUGCCAGGAGAGAAUGGCCAAAACUUAGUUGAAUGGAGGUUUAGGAAGGAGCAGACACAAGGAAGGAUCACCGUCUUCGGAAGAAAGCUGAGGGUAAAUGGAAGAAACUUGCUGUCAGUGGACUAUGAUCGCUCACUGCGAACAGAGAAGGUUUAUGAUGACCAUAGAAAGUUCCUGUUGAACAUCAUCUACGACACCCAGGGCCACCCAACGCUGUGGGUUCCCAGCAACGAACUGCUCUCAGUCAACCUGACAUACUCCAGCACAGGGCAGGUGACUGGCCUCCAGAGGGGUCCAACCAAAGAGAGGUGGGAGUACGACAAUCAAGGAAGAAUAAUUUCACGAGUCUUUGCUGACGGAAAGAUAUGGAAAUACAGCUAUCUGGAUAAGUCCAUGGUGCUGCUGCUGCACAGCCAGCAUCAGUACAUCUUCGACUACGACUCAGGGAACCGUCUAUCUGCCGUCACCAUGCCCAGCGUGGCUCGGCACACCAUGCAGACCAUCAGAUCCGUGGGAUACUACAGGAACAUAUACACCCCCCCGGAGAGCAAUGCCUCUGUGACUGUGGACUACUCUGAGGAAGGCCAGCUCCUCAGAGUUGCUCAUCUAGGAACCGGCCGACGGAUACUGUACAAGUAUCGCAGACAAAAUAAGCUGGCAGAGAUCCUCUAUGACUCAGCGCGGGUCAGUUUCACAUACGAUGAGACCGCUGGCGUGCUCAAAACUGUCAAUCUACAAAACGAACGCUUCAUCUGCUCCAUCCGCUACCGCCAAAUCGGCCCGCUGGUUGAUCAGCAAAUUUUCCGCUUCAGCGAGGACGGGAUGGUGAACGCACGCUUCGAUUAUACAUAUGACAACAGCUUCAGGGUCACCAGCAUGCAGGCUGUAAUCAAUGAGACGCCGCUACCUAUUGAUCUCUACCAGUUUGAUGAUAUCUCUGGCAAAGUGGAGCAGUUCGGGAAGUUUGGAGUUAUCUACUAUGAUAUCAAUCAGAUCAUCUCCACAGCAGUGAUGACCUACACCAAGCACUUUGACAAGCAUGGCCGUAUCAAGGAGAUCCAGUAUGAGAUUUUCAGGUCACUCAUGUACUGGAUCACCAUUCAGUACGACAACAUGGGCAGAGUGACGAAGCGCGAGAUCAAAAUUGGACCCUUUGCCAAUACAACCAAAUAUGGUUAUGAGUAUGAUGUUGACGGACAGUUGCAGACAGUCUCCCUUAAUGAGAAGUUAAUGUGGAGGUAUAACUAUGAUCUGAAUGGAAACCUGCACUUACUGAACCCAGGGAACAGUGGUCGUCUGACCCCGCUACGCUACGAUCUGAGGGACAGAAUCACUCGGCUGGGAGAUGUUCAGUACAGAAUGGAUGAAGAUGGAUUCCUGAGACAGAGAGGAACGGAGAUAUUUGAGUACAAUUCCAAAGGUCUUUUAGUUCGUGUAUACAGUAAAGCAGCCAGCUGGAACAUUCAGUACCGGUAUGAUGGUUUGGGUCGGCGGGUGGCAUCCCGGAACAGUCUGGGCCAGCACCUGCAGUUUUUCUAUGCUGACUUGAACUACCCCACAAGGAUCACCCACGUCUACAACCACUCUAGCUCUGAGAUCACGUCUUUCUACUACGAUCUGCAGGGCCACGUGUUUGCCAUGGAAAUCAGUAACGGCGCGGAGUUUUAUAUUGCCUGUGAUAACACGGGGACUCCGCUGGCCGUCUUCAGCAACAACGGACUACUUCUUAAACAGGUACAGUACACAGCAUACGGAGAGGUUUACUUUGACUCCAACCCUGACUUUGUCCUGGUGAUCGGUUUCCACGGUGGCUUGUAUGAUCCUCUAACACGACUGCUUCAUUUUGGAGACAGAGAUUAUGACAUCCCUGCUGGGAGAUGGACCACUCCUGACAUCAGCACAUGGACGCGUGUCGGGAAAGACCCGCAGCCCUUUAACUUAUAUAUGUUCCGAGGCAACAACCCCAUCAGCAAGAUUCAUCAGGUCAAAGAGUAUGUGACAGAUGUCAAUAUCUGGUUAGUCACAUUUGGCUUUCAUCUUCAUAACGCCAUCCCAGGAUUCCCUAUUCCCAAAUUUGACCUGACAGAGCCGUCCCUGGAGAUGACCAAGAGCCAGCGUUGGGAUGACCUGCCUUCUAUCUCAGGUGUGCAGCAGGAAGUAACUCGCCAGUCGUCCGCCUUCCUGUCCUUCGAGCGAAUGGCAGAAAUUCAGCCGAGCCGACGGCAUUGCGACCACACCAAGCCUUGGUUAUGGUUCGCUACAGUCAAGUCGCUGAUAGGAAAGGGUGUCAUGUUUGCUGUGGUGCAGGGACGAGUGGUGACGAAUGCUUUAAACAUAGCCAGCGAGGACUGCAUCAAAGUGGCCGGAGUCCUAAACAACGCCUUCUACCUGGAGAACUUACAUUUCACCGUGGAGGGCCGAGACACUCACUACUUCAUCAAGACCAGCCUCCCAGAAAAUGACCUGAGCGCCCUGCGGCUCACCUCAGGCAGGAAGUCACUGGAAAACGGAGUGAACGUCACAGUGUCCCAGUCUACGACCGUGAUGAACGGGAGAACCCGGCGCUUCGCUGACGUAGAACUGCAGUACGGCGCUCUGGUGCUCCACGUGCGCUACGGAACAACGCUGGACGAAGAGAAAAGCCGCAUCUUGAAACAGAUGCGGCAGAGGGCGCUGUCGAGUGCCUGGGCCCGUGAGCAGCAGCGGGUGAGAGACGGGGAGGAAGGUGUACGGCUGUGGACAGAGGGAGAGAAAAGGCAGCUGCUGAGCAGUGGAAAGGUUCAGGGUUACGACGGCUACUACGUCUUGUCCAUUGAGCAGUGCCCCGAACUGGCCGACAGCGCCAACAACAUCCAGUUCCUCCGGCAGAGUGAGAUCGGGAGGAGGUAACACGGCGUGAACAAGUCCAGACGGUUCCACCUCUGACUGUCGAAGACUAACACAAAACGUUUUGUUUUAACACUAUAUGGAUGUCACAGAUUGAACUGUCAAAGACUCCAGAAACUGCCCACCGACCCCCUUAGAUUUUGUUUUUUUCCAGGUGGUUAAAGUAGAAUGCAAAGACUUUUUGAUGAUUAUUAUUUUCUUCUAACUGACCUGAAACUACAGCUGGGACUGUCUUCAUGAACCCAGGAAAGGUUCUUUAAUGUUCUAGUUUUUCUGUUCCCUCUCGUGCUUUUAGACAGGCUGCACGCAUGCCCUUACAUUUCCCUCUGAUUGGCCAGGCUAACCUGACUGCCAUGUUGUGAGCUAUGUACCUGUUAACAGAGACUUUGGAUAAUAGAGGGAAACAUAGAGACUGGUUCAGAUAGUCAGCUUGGUGUGCAAGCAGCCUUCAGAAGCAUUUAAGCAGCUCGGGACUGAGCAUCCCUAACAGAUGUUGAAGCUACCAUGUGUCACUUCGGUUCGAGCCUUGUCUAUAGGAUUUAUUAUUCCAUGGCUGAGGCCAUUGAAUGGAGCUGUUGCGGAGUCUCUCUAAGAGAGACAGGCACAAAAAGGACUGAAAUUUGUACAAGAAAAAAAAAAAGCAAAUAAGACUUUUUUUGUUGUUUGUUUGUAAUUUUUGAUUUUCUAUAUAAACUUGCAUUUGCUUCAGACAAAAAAGGGAUAUUAAACUCAACAGAAAAGCGUUUACAUACUAUUACCUACAUGUAUCGCACUAUUACUACUUUACCUACACCCUACACCCCCACCACCACAACAGAUCAUGAGAACUUAACAAGAACCAAAUGUUGCAUUGUAUUCUUUUUCCUCUUGAUAGAUAUGAUCCGUUUGGUCAUUUCUACAAGCACUCCUCCUCAUCAUCCCUUGUGCUAACCCAAGGCCUAGAACGCAGACGUCAGUGAAAGGGCUGGCAUGGGCAGAGGAUCACAGUACAGUCUGUGUAGACCAGAAAGACCCAGCAGAGUCCUUUUCUUCUCCAAAUUGUGACUCUGCAUUAUAAUGCAUAGACCUUGUGAUUUUUGUCAGUCAAAGGUAGUAGUGCUGCUUGCAGUAGAAACUUGUUGUCAUGGCUUGGUGGGGCGGGGGGCAGCUGGGUUGCUGUGAUUAGCAACAGACUGUGGUUGUUUUUGCUUGUUUUUCUUAAAGGGACAGUGCAUCUUCAUGAAUGACACAUAAGUAACAGUAAUAAAUCAAAAAUCGAUGUGGAUGUUUCUCAUUGAUUGUAGGUCUCUGCUCUCUUAGAGAUUUUUUCUGUGUGUACAUGUCUGUACAAAGGUUGGAAGGCAACUAAACAUUUAAGCAGAAAACAGAGUUGACAUCAUGUGAUACAAAGUUAUUUUUUUCCAGACAGGACAAGUCAACGGUGUUUUGUUGAUUUAACUUUAUGUUGAAGGUUGAAAAUUUCCAUUUAUCCGUACAUCGAUAUUAGUCUCAGAGAAAGUAAUUUAUGUACAGUGUUUCUACAGUAAAGAAUAAAAAUCCUUAAAACUCC